AUGUUAUAUGUAACAAUUACAGACACUCAUCCUUCAUGGCCUACUUCUUCUGAUGUAAACCAUAAUGUUGUUACAGAUGAUAAUCAAAAAUCAGAUUCAUAUGAUUAUCCAUCAGGUGCAGAUAAUAAUAAUAAUAAUAAUAAUAAUAAUCAAGAUGAGAAAUCAAACUGGAAUUAUCCAAAUGAUUAUAAUAAUCAAAACUAUAAAUCUCCAUUGGAAAAUAUACCUGAAAACAAUUAUCCGAGUGAUAGAGAUUCAUCGAAUCAAUACAAUAAUCAAGAUGAUAAAUCCCAAUGGGAACCUACAAAUGAGGAAAGAAAUCCUAGUCAUCAAUCUCCAUGGGAACAUACAAAUGAGGAAAGCAAUCCUACUGAUAAAUCCCAUUGGGAAAAUACAAAUGAGGAAAAAAAUCCUAGUGAUCAAUCAAAAUGGGAUUAUUCAAAUCAAUAUGACAAAGACAAUGAUGUAGAAUUAGUGAAAAUGACAACAACUCUUGAGUGGAAACCAUAUAGAGAUGAUACUACUACUCCUGUUUCGUUCAUAGAUGACUCGCAAGCAGGACAAAGUCAAGAUGAGAAUCGUGAUGAUAGUGAAAUAGCGAAAGUAAAUGAAGGUGAAGAUACUCAACAAGAAGAAAAAGGUCAUGAAAAUCAACAAGAUAAAGAAGGUCACGAGCAUCACCCUGAUAAAGAAGGCCAUGAACAACAUCAGAGUAAAGAAGGUGGUGAAAAACAGCCUGGUGGAAAUGGUACUCCCUCAAGCUCUUCAGGUGAUUCAAAUACAGAUGCUGAAGGAAAUAUAAGUGGUGAUACAGAAACAUCAACAUCACCACCACCAAAGAAAGGAAUGAAUUGGUUACCAAUAAUAAUUAUUGCUGCAUCUAUUGUUGUUCUUCUUAUUAUUGGUUUGGGUAUUUUAUUUUUACGCAAAAAAAAUGCUAAUAAAGGAUAUGAUCAAACAGCAACAAGUGAUCAAGCAGCAGGAGGAAAUACAGCCCGAACAUAA